CUGAGGAUACGGCGGUGCUCAGCCCAGGCCGCUACCGUAUGCUCCACCGUAUCCUCUAGGUGGUCCUCACAAUGACGACACUCGGGCGUUUCUUCCCGCUGAAUCCGAAACAGGAACCUACCGAAACUGCCGUGCCCGGUAAGCACCUGCGUCAGACGGAAGGUGAGGACGCCGUGGCGUCUCACAAGCCACUUCUCAAAGAGGGGUCUUACCGCUGCUAUAGUAGCGUGCCCGGCCCUCGGCUGCGACAGUCGCUGCUUCCACUGAGCCAUGAGAUCUCGCCGGAGCUCAUUCCGCCACGCACUAAUUUGGCGCGGCAGAGGAUCCUCGCCCCGGCGACGCGCAUCUGCGCGCAAACUGUAGACGCGCGCGAGCGCCUUCGCUUCUAGAUCCCACGGCGGUGAUCCGGCAAGGAGGUUCGCCGCCUCCCCGGAGAUCGUGCGAUAUCCGCGGAUUAUUCGGAUGGCCAUGACCCUCUGGGACGCGACCAGCGUACGAGCUGGCCGCCGCUUCAAGUCCGGCGCCCACACAGGGGCGCCGUAGAGGGCCAUAUGAAUCGCACAAUCCCCAUAUACAACCUCCGAC